AUGGCAGUGCCCUUUAUCAACCGCCGUUCCUCCGGCAACAGCACCUAUGUGCGUGCAGAUGAGGGCGCGCUGUUCAGCGCCACCAUGAAUAACGACCUCGGUCGGCUCAAAGGCAUAGUGGAGACUCUCGGCGAAAUAAGUGGCGGCCGAGCAUCAGUUCUUUCUCUUAAGAUGCAUGGCUAUGGGGUGCUCCACUGUGUAGCAUCCUAUGGCCAUCUAGAGGUCUCAAAGUACUUGGUGGAGGAACUUGGGGGUGAUGCAAAUAUGACUGGAGCUGAUGGUGUGACGCCAUUCAUGGCCUCUGCUCAGUCUGGUGAUCUUUCUACUGUGAAGUAUUUUCUUGAUCAUGGCGGUGAUCUGAUAAAAGCAGAUGAAAAAGGAGGGACAGUUCUACACCAUGCUGCAUUCACUGGAAGCUCAAAGGUAACUGAGUUCCUGCUUUCAAAAGGAAUAGCUGUUGACAUAGACUAUGGUCAUGGGACACCACUCUACGAGGCUGCUAUCAAUGAGCAGGACGAGAUUGUGAAGAUUUUGUUGGAUCACCACGCAAAUCCAAACAUCAUAUUUGGUGGCAUCCACACUCCACUGUUGGGUGCUCUUCUCAAUCAUUCAUUGACGUGCAUGAAGCUACUGGUUGAGGCUGGUGUGGAUGUUUAUAACGAAGGCUCCUAUGCAUCACCUCUAGUGGUUGCUAUAGGGAAGGGAGGUUAUACAAACAAAAUCCGGUUACUGUUAAAGGCUGGAGCAGACCCUAAUAUUCCAGAUGAUUUGGGUAGGUUACCAGUGGAGCUUGCUGCAUUGAAGGAUUGCAUGGAAGAAGUUGAACUGUUGUUCCCCUUGACUUCACCAAUUCCAGGUGUCCCAAACUGGAGUGUUGAUGGAGUAAUCUCUCAUGCAAAAUUGAAAAAUGCAAAGCCAUUGGAGGAACGACAGAUUGCAAGGCGGAAAGCUAUGCUCAAGUCACUGGCAAGUAACGCAUUCAAGCAGAAGGACUAUGACGCGGCAUCAAAAUUUAUGGCCAUAGAUCAUGAACCAGAUGCGACACUAUAUUCAAACAGGAGCCUCUGCAGACUACGGAUGGGUGACGGCGAAGGUGCGCUGUCAGAUGCUUACAUUUGCAGGUUGAUGCGACCUGACUGGGCGAAAGCUUGCUACCGUCAGGCUGCGGCUCACACGCUACUCGGGGAGAACAGCCAAGCCUGCAUUGCUCUCCUGGAUGCGCAGAAGUUGGAUCCUGGAAAUGAAGAGAUCGAGAGAGAAUUAAGGAAGGCUAUGGCAUUAAGGGAUGCCUCUCGUGAUGGAGAUCAGCAGGGAAGCGGGCCGUCUGACUUCGACCAGCAUGUCUGCCAAAAAGAGAUGUACCUGGUGGCAAGCGCCGUCGCCGACGAGGGGAAGGAGCGCGGGGGCAGCCGCUCCGGCGGGCUCCUCGCGCUGGCCGCCGACGCCGCCGUCUGCUGCUACCAGGCCGCGCUGUGGGCGUGCGGCGCCGCCGCCGCCGCCGCCAUCGCGGUGCGCCGGGCCUGCGGCUUGGACUCCCGCGCCGCGGCUGUCGCGGAGGCGAACUUCAUGGCGUCCGUUCUCGCGAUGGCCCUGCUCCACUUCGCCUCCCUGGUGCUGUUCCCCUGGUCCCCUGAGAGCCGCAUGGCCGAGGCCGGAGAGUAUUUUGCGUUCAAUGAAGAAUAUGCAGUGGGAAAGUCUUGCCAGAAAAUUUAG